UUGGUCACAGCUGGUCUCUUCCGUCAUGAUAUUAGUCCCUCAGCUGGUCUCUUCCGUCAUGAUAUUAGUCCCUCAGCAGGUCUCAUCCGUCAUGAUAUUAGUCCCUCAGCUGGUCUCUUCCGUCAUGAUAUUAGUCCCUCAGCUGGUCUCAUCCGUCAUGAUAUUAGUCCCUCAGCUGGUCUCUUCCGUCAUGAUAUUAGUCCCUCAGCUGGUCUCAUCCGUCAUGAUAUUAGUCCCUCAGCUGGUCUCUUCCGUCAUGAUAUUAGUCCCUCAGCUGGUCUCAUCCGUCAUGAUAUUAGUCCCUCAGCUGGUCUCAUCUGUCAUGAUGUUAGUCCCUCAGUUGGUCACAGCUGGUCUCUUCCGUCAUGAUAUUAGUCCCUCAGCUGGUCUCUUCCGUCAUGAUAUUAGUCCCUCAGCUGGUCUCAUCCGUCAUGAUAUUAGUCCCUCAGCUGGUCUCUUCCGUCAUGAUAUUAGUCCCUCAGCUGGUCUCUUCCGUCAUGAUAUUAGUCCCUCAGCUGGUCUCCUCCGUCAUGAUAUUAGUCCCUCAGCUGGUCUCUUCCGUCAUGAU